AUGAACAUCAUCAACUCGGUGGUGACCGGCGCGUUAUCCGGUCCCGGUGCCCCGGCCGACGAUUUAAUGGUGUCGCGCCUACACAAACCGGACGAACCGGUGCCGGAUGAUGGUCAGACGGCUCCAACCGAACCCCCCCAACCCCCGGCUGGUGCCGUGGGAGUAACGGCAGCAGCAGCGGCAGCAACCAACGCAGAUGCCACUCCGACGAUGCCACCGGAUCUCCGGUCCGAUCCCGGAUCGGCCACCGCCGCCCUGAAUCGACUGCUUACCGCUUCGGCCCACCUGGUGUUCGGGGGAGCAGCCGCGGGGGCGGCCCACAAAAAGUGUCCUUACCAUCGGCAUUGCUCCCGCACGCACCAGCAGCACCCGCAGUUCACUGCGUACGCCAUACACCACCACCAGCGUCACCAUCACCAUCCGUACGGCGGGCCCCAGACCGCUCGGGGGGCGAUCCGUUCCGGUUCGGGGGUUCCGGCCAACAACGGCACGGCGGCGGCCGCGGCGGCACCGUCGUCACCGCCAGGCAUCCAUCCCCAGCAGCGGGAUGCGAUAUCGUCGAACGUGCUGCCACCGCCGGUUAACGCGGCUAUCCUCGCCGAACGCUACCUGCUGCUGGACCAGGUCGAGGGCAACAAUCUGUACCGCUGCUUCGACAUCCGAACGCACGAGGAGCUGGUGUGCAAGAUUGCCACUAAUCCGUGCUUCAAUCUGCUCACCGCACACUUCCGGCUGGACGGGCAUCCGCACGUGAACGCGCUGCACAAAGUCAUCAAGGACCCCAACCAGACGUAUCUGAUCUUCAGCGCUUCCAAGGGCGAUCUACACUCGUACGUGCGUACCCGCAAGCGGCUGCGGGAGCCGGAAGCGCGCCGCCUGUGCCGUCAGAUGUGUGAGGUGGUGAAAAGCUGCCACGAGCAGGGCAUCGUCCUGCGCGAUCUCAAGCUGCGGAAGUUUGUGUUUGCGGACCAUGAAGGGAAGCAUUUGAAGCUGGAAUCGCUCGAGGACGCCGUCGUGCUGAACGAUCCGGCCGAGGACCUGCUGCAGGACAAGCGCGGCUGUCCCGCCUACGUGUCGCCGGAAAUCCUGCGCACCAACACGACGUACUCGGGCAAGGCGGCCGAUAUGUGGUCGCUGGGCGUCAUCAUGUACACGAUGCUGGUCGGAAGGUAUCCGUUUAACGACUCCGAGCACGCAUCGCUGUUUGCCAAGAUCAGCCGUGGGCAGUUCACCAUUCCGGACUGCCUGUCGUCGAAGGCACGCUGCAUGAUACGGGCGCUGCUCCGGCGGGAUCCGGAGGAGCGCAUCACCUCGGACGAUGUGCUGCACCAUCCGUGGCUGCUGCACGACGAUAGCAAGGACCUGGCGUACGGUUCGCUGGCGGCCGCCGCCAAUCGAUCGACCAGCGGUGGUGGCGGCGGCGGUGGCCCAGGAAGCGGUAGCCACAGUAGUUCGACCACGCACGAGGAUCAGCGCGUUCCCGAGUGGUACCAUCCGUCGGAGGACCAUCCGCAGCAGCAGCAGCAGGGUUUGAUCAGUCCCCGCAACGAUCGGACUUACUGUCGUAAGGCCGGCUAUGGUGGUGGUGACCAGGAUCUCGUCGGGCUCUAG